AUGGCCUCCAGGAUUGCCACCCGUCGAUUUCUUUCGCCCUUUUCCCGAGCUCAAUUCCAGCGACCUUCUUUUAUCCGCACAAUGGCCACUUCAGAGGUUCGCCGCCCAUAUGAGUUUCUGGUCAUUCUCCCGGACAAGCCUGGCCCCGAGGUGCGGAAGAGGCGUCUUGAAGUGAGAGCUCAACACUUCAAAGACAUGACUCCUACACUUGAUGGAGGCAAGCUGAAAAUGGGCGGUGCCAUUCUUCAUGACGUUCCUGUGAAUGACGAAGGCGAAAACAUGGAUUUUGCUGGCUCAGUCAUGAUCUUGGUCGCAGAGUCCGCAGAGGAGGCUAAAAACAUGCUCAAAGACGACAUCUACGUCAAGGCAGGUGUAUGGGAUUUUGAAAAGGUGAGAAUGACUGUAGCUGUUCUUCAUUAA